AUGCCCAGGAUGAUGAGGAGAGACCAGUUGCAAACCGAGUUCGAUAUCGUCAAGUCAGAAGCCGUCAACGUCCGUCCAGCGCAUCUCCCCGGGAAGGUACCAGAACAACCAUGGGACCGCAAAAACCUUGCGGAACUGCUCGCAUUCGAUCGCGGUAUCAUACUGCCAGGUCAUCAGUGGUUUUUCAAGGGCACUCUGGGGCAAGGAAGCCUAGGCCAUGCUGGCAUUUGGGUCAAAUACAAUGCUCACGGAAGGAUGAUUGACCGUAUUGCAAUCAAAGAAUGCUACCCUCCGUACCAGGACUGGGAAGCGAAGACCCUUUGGUAUGACGAUAGACCGGGCGAAGAAGUGGUCAACACAACUUUAAAUGCCUGUCAGGACUCUGAACAUAUCAUAAAGUGUCACUCCUCCAAGAUUUUCGAGGACUUGUGUAUGUAUCGAGUCUACCUGGAAUCUUGCGAGCUUGGAUCGCUCGAGGACUUGAUCGAUGAACAUUACACGAGCAAGUCAGAGCGCCGCACGGAUGCAACUGGCCAGGAGUUGAAGCAUCGCAUAUCGGAGCGCGCGCUAUGGGCUAUCUUCGAGGCUUUGGCGUCAGCUCUCUACUUGAUGAAUUUUGGCCACUUGCCUGGCACAAAUCAGCCAGUGACGUGGGAAGGCAUCAUUCAUCGAGACUUAAAACCAGAUAAUAUCUUCUUCUCGACGCCACACGAUAGGUUCUGA